GUAGUGUUAGAGCAAGCGAAUGAAAUCCUCAGACCUAUAAUAGGUGAAGAUGUUGGAGGACCAGUAUAUUCUCAUCAUAUGGAUAUAAUUGGCGGUGAUUUACGGACUUAUAGAGCGGAUUUAAAAGGUAUAAUCACAGGAGGUGUAGGGAAUUUUGCCUUUGUUACAAGAUUAGAAAGAAUUCGUGCAGAGGCAAAUGUAGAUAUUGUUACUUCUCAAG